UCAACCAGUGUUGAGUUUAGAGGGUCUCUCUCUACCGGGGUGACAAGUCUGAGCAUAGGAGCCACCGAGGGGACGUAUCUGCCGUUAGAAGAAAAAAAAAAAAAAAGCCACACUUUUCGUCGCUUCACCGCUGGAUACGUAACUCGACCUGGGGUUGGAUUAACUUGAAACCACUCUUUUUUAGUUUUUCUUUUUCAUUUGCUUUAGAAGACACGUAAACUCACCGAAGACAAUGGGAUCCCAGGCAUCCAAGGGAGAUGUGGCCGCGGAGGGAAACGCUGCUGCCGCUGAUGCUGCAGCUGUGAAGACCAACGGACAGGAGAAUGGACAUGUGAAAACCAAUGGCGAUGUCUCUACAAAGCCUGAUGGUGAUGCUGCCGCCACCAAUGGCUCCGCUGAGGCAGCCAAGGAGCCUGAAGCGGCUGCAGGUGGCGACGCUAUAGAGCCGGCGCCUGCUGCUGAUGGAGAGGCGGCCAAACCUGAGGGCGAAGCUGCCACCAAGGAGACCCCCAAGAAGAAGAAGAAGAAGUUCUCCCUGAAGAAGUCCUUCAACUUCAAACUGAAUCUGAAGAAGAGCAAGAAGAGCGAGGCCGUCAAGGAGGAAGCGGCUGCCGCCACCCCUGCCGCCGCCACCCCAGCCGAGGAGAAGCCCGCCGAGAAUGGAGCCGCUGCUCCUGCAGAGGAGGAGAAAAAGGAGGAGGUGAAGGAGGAGCCUGCCGCUGCUGCUGCAGCCGCAGCCGAGGCUCCAAAGGUAGAGGAGGCACCAGCUAAAGAGGAGGCCCCCAAAGAGGAGGCCAAGGAGGCAGCUGCUCCGGCCCCUGAGGCCACGAAACCAACAGAGGAGAGCAGCUCGACCCCCGCUCCCUCUGAAAAGAAAGAGUGAUUGUACCUGUAGCUCACAAUGAACUGGGUGAACUGUUUUUCAAGAGAGAGAGAGAAAAUUUAAGAGUAUAUAUAUAUAUUUAUAUAUAUAUGUGUAUAUGUAUACAUAUGUAUAUGGAUAUAUGUAUAUGUAAAUAUAUACACAUGUAUGUGAGAGACUCCUUUGACGUGCCACUUUUCGUCAUGAUAACAAGACGACAGACUAGAUUCACUAGAUCACUUCCCUGGUUACUGCGCGACAUCUGGACCUGGACUGAGUUUUAGGCUGUGGGCUGGUCGCCAUGUGGAAAAUGGAUUUUAAUGGCUAGAGUGCGAGCUAAUGACACCAUGAAGUAUAGACAGAUGAAGGAUGGAUGGAGAAGGAGGGAGUCAAAGCAUCUUUCCCCUAAAAAUCUGCAGAUCAAGAUGCCUCCUUGCUGAAGGAAUGAAGCUAGAUGAGAUACUAGGACACCACCACCACUUGAAAUGACUGUUGAAUAGAAAAAAAAAAAAUGAAAUCAGAAAAUUAAAGAGACUCGCCAACUUUUUACAUUCCUAUAUUUUAACCCAAAUUUGAAGUAUUUUGUGGUGUAUUAUAGAGAACCAUCUUAAAGAUUCAGAGAAGCUAUUACUUGUUUGUUUAAAGAAAAAAAAAAUAGACAACUUUGAUUUUUACCUUACUAUGAAAAAAAGAACACUUAAGCUUGCUAUGUUCACUGUUGCGGUUUGAUAUGAAGCAGAGUUGUUUAUCUGUCGUGUGUGAGCCUGAAUCUGCUUUGUCUCUGUAAAUACAUUGGACUGAUUUCUGUUCUUUAUUUUGCUAAUGUUGACAGAUGUUACUGGUUUUAUUGUAAAGUUGAUAAUGGUAAAUAAAUGUUGGUUACCUGCCCGUU